AUGGCUUCGUUGCGCUGGCUGCUGCCUGCGCUCCUGCUGCUGCGCGCGCGGCCCCGCGGCGCCAGAGCCAUGAACGAUAUUGGGGACUACGUGGGCUCCAACCUGGAGAUCUCCUGGCUCCCCAACCUGGACGGGCUGGUGGAAGGCUAUGCCCGCAACUUCCGGCCUGGCAUCGGAGGCCCCCCUGUGAAUGUGGCCCUCGCCCUGGAGGUGGCCAGCAUCGACCACAUCUCGGAGGUGAACAUGGAGUACACCAUGACCGUGUUCCUGCACCAGAGCUGGAGGGACAGCAGGCUCUCCUACAACCACACCAACGAGACCCUGGGCCUGGACAGCCGCUUCGUGGACAAGCUGUGGCUGCCCGACACGUUCAUCGUGAACGCCAAGUCGGCCUGGUUCCACGACGUCACCGUGGAGAACAAGCUCAUCCGGCUGCAGCCGGACGGCGUGGUCCUGUACAGCAUCCGAAUCACCUCCACGGUGGCCUGCGACAUGGACCUGGCCAAGUACCCCAUGGACGAGCAGGAGUGCAUGCUGGAGCUGGAGAGCUAUGGCUACUCUUCGGAGGACAUCGUGUACUACUGGUCGGAAAACCAGGAGCAGAUCCACGGGCUGGACAGGCUGCAGCUGGCCCAGUUCACCAUCACCAGCUACCGCUUCGCCACGGAGCUGAUGAACUUCAAGUCGGCCGGCCAGUUCCCCCGGCUCAGCCUGCACUUCCGCCUGCGGAGGAACCGUGGUGUCUACAUCAUCCAGUCCUACAUGCCCUCCGUGCUCCUGGUGGCCAUGUCCUGGGUCUCCUUUUGGAUCAGCCAGGCCGCGGUGCCCGCCAGGGUGUCUCUAGGCAUCACCACGGUGCUGACCAUGACCACGCUCAUGGUCAGCGCCCGCUCCUCGCUGCCGCGGGCCUCGGCCAUCAAGGCGCUGGACGUGUACUUCUGGAUCUGCUACGUGUUCGUGUUUGCCGCCCUGGUGGAGUACGCCUUCGCACACUUCAAUGCCGACUACAGGAGGAAGCGGAAGGCCAAGGUCAAGGUCACAAAGCCAAGGGCGGAGGUGGACGUGAGGAACGCGAUCGUCCUCUUCUCCCUCUCGGCCGCCGGCGUCACCCAGGAGCUGGCCGUCUCCCGCCGGCCGUGCCGCGUCCCUGGGCACCUGCUGGGCUCCUACCGGUCAGUGGAGGUGGAGACGGGGGAGACCAAGGAGGAGGGGCCGCCCCGCCCCGGGGGCCCGGGGGGCCUCCGCGCCCGGUUCAAGCCCAUCGGCGCCGACACCAUCGACAUCUACGCCCGCGCUGUCUUCCCCGCCGCCUUCGCGGCCGUCAACGUCGUGUACUGGGCAGCCUACACCAUGUGAGGCGGCACGCGCCCCUCCCGCCAGGAAGACCCCGCUUGCCUGUUUCCCACUGGCCCUGGCAAACGAGGACCCCUGGGCCUCCCUGACUCCGACCGCAGCCUCCCCCAAAGCUGGCCUGCGGCUCUCUGCGGAGCGGCCGCCCUGGCUGCCAGGCCUCGCUCUAUGGGGCGUUUGUGGACGGAGGUGGAGUGGG